CCCCAUCUCUACGCAUAUACGCUUUGUAUACGUAUAAAGUAACCUUCCGUAUAAAUAUACUGUCGUUAACCCUAGCCGCUCUCACCCACCAAUCGCUAUCACCUCACUUCCUCGAUCUGGAGUCCUCAGAUUCUCUUCCAUGGCCGCAGGCUCUCCGCCCCCCUCAACUCCCCCGAUUCCGCCGCCCCAGGAGGCGCCGCCGCUCAUAGUUGAUUCCAAGAAGCCGAUUCAGAUCCGAUCCGUUUGGGCCGAAAACCUCGACUCCGAAAUCGCCUUAAUCCGUUGUCUGGUUGACCGUUACUCUUUCGUGUCCAUGGAUACUGAGUUCCCUGGCGUGGUUUUCCGGCGGGAGCUCCGGUCUCGGGACCCGGACGAGCAUUAUAAAACUCUUAAGUCGAACGUAGAUGCCCUUAAGUUGAUUCAGGUGGGGAUCACUCUAACUGAUGCUUCUGGGAACUUACCCGACCUCUCCUCCCCCUUCCGCUACAUUUGGGAGUUCAACUUCUGUGACUUUGACGUGGGGCGUGACGACCACGCUCCGGGAUCUAUUGAGCUCCUCCGGCAGCAGGGGAUUGAUUUCGAAAAGACACAAGCUUGUGGCGCCGAUACCGCCCGCUUUGCGGAGCUGAUGAUGUCUUCCGGCCUCGUCUGCAACGAUGACGUCACCUACAUCACCUUCCACAGCGGUUAUGACUUUGGAUACCUGAUCAAAGCCCUCUGCGGCCGCGACCUGCCCGGGACACUUGGGGAAUUCCUCGAAUUGCUGAAUGUGUUCUUCGGGAACAAGGUUUAUGAUGUGAAACACUUGAUGAAGUUCUGCUCAAAUCUCCAUGGCGGGUUGGACCGUGUUGCCAGUAUGCUUCAGGUGAACCGGGAUGUCGGGAAGUGUCACCAGGCCGGCUCGGAUAGCUUGCUUACUUGGCAUGCUUUUCAGCAGAUCAGGAAGUCAUACUUUGAGGACAAAGAGGCUCUUACUGAAAAGUAUGCCGGCGUUCUUUAUGGGUUAGAGAUCUUCUCUCUGUAGGCUCUGUAGAUUACGAGUCCUCGGUUGAAAUUUCUCAGUUAAGCUGUACAAUCCAUUUGCUUAAUAUUAAAAAAAAAGAAAAUAUGGUUAUAGUUUAA